UAUCUUUCAUUUUUCUCACAGACUGCAUCCCAUCAGGUACCUUAGACUCCUCUUCACUCUAAGAGCUCUAGUCUCGCCAAUAUGGGUAUUUCUCGUGACUCUAUGCACAAGAGGCGUGCCACUGGAGGCAAGAAGAAGGCCUGGAGGAAGAAGAGAAAGUAUGAGCUUGGAAGGCAACCUGCCAACACUAAGUUGUCCAGCGACAAGUCAGUCAGGAGGAUUAGAGUUCGUGGGGGUAAUGUGAAAUGGCGUGCUUUUAGGCUUGAUCAAGGAAACUACUCUUGGGGUAGUGAGGCUGUGACUAGAAGGACCCGUAUUCUUGAUGUGGUGUACAAUGCAUCUAACAACGAGCUCGUCCGUACUCAAUCUCUGGUGAAGAGUGCCAUUGUUCAGGUUGAUGCAGCACCAUUUAAGCAGUGGUAUGUUCAGCAUUAUGGRGUGGAUAUUGGACGGAAGAAGAAAACCACAGCAUCUGCGAAGAAGGAAGAGGAAGGUGAUGAGGAGGAGAAGAAGAGUAACCAUGUCCAGCGCAAACUAGAGAAACGUCAGCAGGACCGUCAGCUUGAUGCACAUAUUGAAGAACAAUUCAGCAGCGGUCGUUUGAUGGCUUGUAUCUCAUCACGACCUGGGCAAUGUGGCCGAGCAGAUGGAUAUAUCUUGGAGGGCAAAGAGCUCGAGUUCUAUAUGAAGAAGCUGCAAAGAAAGAAGGGAAAAGGAGCCGGUGCUGCAUAAAUGUGUUAACCAUUGCUUCAUCUUUUGAAGGCGACGAGCAGUUGCAGUUGAAUGAAACAACUAUUUUGGAACUUCAGUUUUGAUGGUAAUAGUUGUUUAAUUAUAAUACUUAGCCCCUUCCAUGAUAGCAACAGUUUGUUUAUUAGCUUGAGUUUUUAGGUUCAAUUUUUUCCUAGUAUAUGUACUCAUUUUUGUAGUGGUGUAAGCGGGUCGGUUCAGUUCGGUUCGAUUCCAUCUAGAAUGUGUUUGGUUUCUUAAACCACAACUGCACUAAAGCUCUUUCCAUCCAUUUUUUAUUAGAAGAGGAUAAAUUUUYCCAA